AUGACGGCCGUCAUCAGUCCCAACCCGCCCAUGGAGCAGCCACAGCCCAAGAUGUCAAUGACUUCAAAGGAAUGGGUUAUUCCGCCGCGGCCGAAGCCUGGUAGGAAGCCCGCCACUGACACGCCGCCAACAAAGCGCAAGGCGCAGAACCGAGCUGCCCAGAGGGCCUUCCGGGAGAGAAGAGCUGCGCGGGUUGGCGAGCUCGAGGAGAUGCUGGAUGAGAACAAGAAGGUUCAAGAUGCACACGAGGCGGAACUAAAUGAAAAGAUUCGCACUCUGGAGCUGGAUGUCCAGUCAUUCCGGUCCAGAUGCCUACUGCUGGAGAGCAUGCUGGAGAGAGAGCGCCAAGAGCGCAUGAGAGCUGAGAUGCAAGCAGAGGCGCUCAAUCGCAGAUAUGACCAGGCCGCUUUCCGAUCGGAGAGCAUGGGCUCCAUGUACUCGCAGCCAUAUGGUCGGCAGCAACAUCCCCAGCAAAGGCACAGCCUCUCGGACGACCGAUUGGCCCAGCAGCAUGCCGCAACUCGGCAUUUCUCCAUCUCUCAAAUCGUCUCACCGCCAGAAACACUGGACGCUCACUCUCCUCAAGAUCUGUCUGAGCCUCAUCUUACAUGCGGCAGCUGCUCACCAAACGGACACUGCGCUUGUGCCGAGGAAGUUCUCGCAUCAGCAGUUAAUGGGUGCGGCAAAUGCGGAUUUGGGACACAAUGUCAUUGCUUGGACGACGCCACCAAAAUAUCCGGCCUUGGGUCUGACUUGAAACGCCCUAUAUCUCCCUCGGGGAAAUCAUCCGAUGAGAAGCGGCAGCGAUCAAUGGCUGCUAGCAGCAGGGAAACAGAUUUUGGUCCCUUGUUCUCAAAGCCGACGUCACAGCAGCCACCUCAGCCGAGCUCCAUCAUCCAGCAACUUCCCUCCACGGACUCUCUUUCAUUUAGAGACAGCUCAUUUAGAGACAGCUGUGGGUUCUGUAAAGAUGGGACAUACUGCGUGUGUGCGGACACAGCCAUGAAUGGCCCAGCCGUAGCACCAGCAGAUGCGUCCCCUCCAGUUACAAGACAAACCCGAACACCACCUCCCAUGGAGACGGACGUCGUCACCCCGCUCCCACCCAUGGCAAUGGAAAUGACGGCCGAUGGAGCAGUCAAGUUACCACGCCGAAAAGAAGCUCGAUCCAAGCCACAGCCGGAGACGACCGCUUCACGUGGCAGCUGCGGACCUAAUGGCCCGGGCACAUGCGCGCAGUGUCAGGCCGACCCCAAAUCGGGUCUCUUCUGCAGACUGAUGGCUGCCAACUUCAACCGCGAGAACGGUGCCAGCUCAGAUGGCUGCUGCGGCGGAAAGGGCGCUGGCGGAGGAUGUUGCAAGUCCAAGCCCAGCCAAGAGAAGAUUACACUACCUAGCCUCCCUAGCCUUGGGCUGAGUUGUGCAGAGGCGUACCAGACGCUGUCCAGUCAUCGCAACUUUGAGCAGGCUGCCGAUGAGAUUGGCACUUGGCUGCCGAAGCUAAAGGCUCACCCAUCACCAAAUGAUGCUCGACCCGUGCCGGCGGGCAGGAUACCUAUAGAAGUAGAAGCAGCAAGUAUCAUGAGCGUGUUGAAGGAGUUUGACAUUCGAUUUGGGAGAGAAUGUUAA